AUGGCAAUGUGUUUGUAUCGCAAGUUACUUGGAGAAGUUGGACACUUCAACCUGCCACUUCUUUACGGGGAGCCAAUGUGUGGGAAGACUCUGACCGCCCAGUGCAUGGCAAAUGUAACAGGGUCUGAUUCUGUCUACUCGAGAUACUACACCCGUCUCAAUCUUAUCCUCUUCAAGAAGGCAGAGGUCAGUGAUGUGGCCCAUGCGAUGCAGCUGGAGGAUGGCGCCUGCAAGGCUUCAGCUGCACUACCUGGUAUGUUAGGUCUUACAGACAGUGUUAUGGCAGUUGAUAUACGGAUGAUGACCCUCCAGAGGCUGGUUGAGGGUAUGGCUGUGCCCUUAACUGUAAUGACAAAGAUACUUGAAGCACUCAAUCUGCCAUGGUCAGAUGAACUUUUUACAUACUUGAAGACGGAAAUCAUUCCAUCCCAUAUGCAGCGUCUUGGGCACAGUGUGAACGAAAUAUCAGCAAACCAUGGAACCUUCAGUCGGCUCGUAUCUGACUUAGUAUCUGACUUGGCCCCAGAGCAGAUCCCAGAAUAUGUGAAAUUGAAUGGUUCAUGUCUGACACUGAGAACUGUCGAACUGCCAUGCCAGAUUCAACAGCGGGCUGCUGAACUACCUGGGGGAAGAACAAAAAAUGUCUGGAUGGGGGUUAUGAAGAAGGCUAAGAAGUGCCGUGUUUUUGAUGUGGAUGAAGAGGCAGCAGUUACAGAAAAAAUUCUGACAGGUAAAUCAUCUCCAUUUUAA